ACCAGAGAACCAUCCAGCAAUCAACAAACCCCGAUUCCCUCCUCCACCUACGAAGUCCGAACUCCUCGUCUCUAAUUUCCCGAUCAGAGCCAUGCAGCACGGAGAUUACUCCUCCGCUCCAUACUAUCAAUACCCUCCACCUCAUCAAAACCCUAACUCUAAUCCCAACCCCGUCGCCCCCUCCACCGACCUCCCCCACCACAACCCCUACGCCUCCGCCCCUCCCUUCUCCUCCUCCGAUUACUCCCCCUAUUCCCAAUCAUACCCUCCUUAUUCCCAUAAUCCCGAUCCUGCCCCUCCCACCGCUCCUUCCUUCAACCCUCCCUUCAACCCCACCCCUCAACCGCCUUCCUUCCCCUCGUUUGAGUCCCACGCGCCUUACCAGCCUCCUCCCCCGCCGCCGACGCAGUCCUAUCACCCCUCCUACGAUCAGCCGAGCUACGCCACUCUCCCGCCGUCGAUUCCCGCCAAUUCCAACCCUACGUCUCCGUUCUCGUCGUCUUAUCCAGGUCCGUUUUCGAACCCCGCCGCGCCGCCGCCGUACGAGGCUCCUUCCUACGAGAAUUUGCCGAAGUUCGACCACGGCGGGGGCGGCGGCUCCUAUCUAGGUGAUCGGUACGGCGGCGUCUACAGCCGGAGCCAGUCCGAUUUGGGAUCCGAUCUGUACGGGAAGCGGUAUGAUUCAGGUGGCAGUGACAGCUACGGCGACGGUGUUUUUGCUUACCAAGGUGAGAAGGUGGAGCCGUAUGGGGCUAGAGGCACGGCGCCGAAGUCGUCGUCGAGCUCUGCUUUGUUUGAUGAUUACGGGAGGGCGAUUAGUUUUAAUUCAGGUAGAGAGUCGGCUGUGAGCUCGAGUAAGAUUGUGAGGGCUGUGCCCAAGGCAGAUACUCAAGAUGACAGUAAGAGUGGGGUGUUGAAGUUUCGGGUUAAGCUUUUGGCUGAGAGUGGAGGACAGAGCACCAUGGAUGUUCUUUGCCAGAUUGGUUUGGAUGGUAUUCGUAUGCUUGAUCCUGCUACCAGUCGGACAUUGAGAAUAUAUCCCCUCGAGACAAUCACUAGAUGUGAAGUAACAGAUUCAUCUACCUUUGCAUUUUGGUCAAAGAGCACUGUGGACAUCGAACCAAGACGUAUUAGAUUGCAGUCAAAUAGUUACACCACAAACACCCUCUUAGAUACAGUGACUGCUGCAACUGUCCAGCUCAAGGAGAUGGGUGGCAGUACCAGGCCAGCUGAAUCUUUGAAGACAGAACUGUCUGCAGAAAGGAAGAAAGGAUUAACCGAUUGGAUGAACAUUAUAAAGCCAGGAAAUGAGGAAAAAGAUCAUUGGGUCCCAGACGAAGCUGUUUCAAAAUGUACAGCAUGUGGAACAGAUUUUGGGGCUUUUAUACGUAGGCAUCACUGCCGGAAUUGUGGAGAUAUCUUUUGUGACAAGUGUACCCAUGGCAGAAUAGCAUUAACUGCUGAGGAAAAUGCUCCGCAGGUUCGAGUUUGUGAUCGGUGCAUGGCUGAAGUGACUCAAAGGUUGAGUAAUGCCAAGGAUGCAUCCAGUAAACCUGCAGCAUUGCAUAGUCAUGAGGAUCUUGCCAAGAAGCUUCAGGCGGAGAUGGAGAAGAACCGCAGAGAAUCUUCAGGUUCGAAGUCUGAUGGAUCUGGAAGGCGGAUGAGAGAAGUUGCUUGUCCUACAUGCACCGUCCACUUGCAGGUCCAAGUUCCUAGCUCAGGUUCAGAGACAAUUGAAUGUGGGGUUUGCCAGCAUCCAUUCCUUGUGAGUGCUCACUGAUAUGAACAGAUCUUUUGACUGAUGGCGCCUAAAUCUCCCAGUAUGAAGUCCCUGGCUUCAUAUUAUUUAAUUUGAUUUGGAUUUUCUUUGGUUUCCUAAUAAUUUGGAAGAGCUUUUACAUACAAUUGAUUUUCUGGUUUGUAUUGAGGUGAUGGCAGCUUGUUUCUAAUAUGUAGCUUGUAUAUGAAUUAUAUUAUUUGGAAGCACCAUCAACUGGGUCAUGCCUUUUGUGUACAUUGAUGUUCAUAUAAAUGCAUUUGAAUUUUUAAGU